UUUUAUCUAACUGUGAGCAGGCAUGGUGCUCGCGUCUACCCAGCUGCUUGUAGCAACAUUCGUUGUUGUUUGCUGGACAGGGUCUGAUGCAUCCGCUGUGCCACGUUGUCAUUGUCCGUCUCCACCACUGCAUCCCAGUGUCGACGUUUAUCCUGACGUCGAGAAUCUGACAUACAAGCCUGACGACACGUUUCGAUUCCAUUGUUCGAACUGGAGGGUACUAAUGCCGGCACCAGUGCGCAACGUGUCUGUCAGAUGUCAAGAGGAUUGCAAGUGGAGUGUAGACAUCAGCGAAGUGCGAUGCAUUGAGCGGCAAUGUCGUCCAGUGAACGAGUCCGACUUACCACCCAACGUCACCCUUCAUUACAAGUACUUCAACCAGAGCCGAAAAGAGAUUGAGUGUGGCGUUCUUACCAUUUUCGAAUGCCACAAGGGAAUGGAGCGACGCAGCGGUCCGCGUUUCUGGCAGUGUGGCUGUGACGGUAACUGGAGCUCGCAAGAGUUCCCAACAUGCAAAGUCUUGACGUGCGACACAUUGACUCCUCCAGCCAACGCAUAUUGUCACAGUACAGGCGAGAUUAACGACAUUGGGACGUCUGUCGAAUGCGUUUGCAAUCACGGCUUUCGACCCAAACAUGGCGGCGAUAGCUUCACUUUCGUUUGCGAGGUUGCAGACGACGGCAGCAGUGUCAGCUGGGUAGGCGAGCCCGACUGCGUGAAAAUACCGAUUCUUGGUUUCUGCGACGAGCCUGCUAUCCCAGCGUAUGGGAUGAGAAUUUUCUCUAGUUCUGGUCCUCCUUACCCUAUUGGAACAGUGCUGAAGUACGUUUGUGCUACUGGAAGAGUUCUCGUCGGCCACAGAGUCAUCGUUUGCAAUGAUUCCACACAUUGGUCCCCGAAUCCCCCCACAUGUGAAGUUGUUUUGUGCCGGCAACCUGAAGUUGAAGACAAGUUGGUCAUAGUCCUAACUGAAGUGAAGCCCACCUACCUGUUUGGCUCAGAGGUGGCCUAUGCAUGUCCUCGUCACUAUCAUCUCGUAGGCUCUGCUGUGAGACGAUGCAUUGACCUAGACCGAUGGAGUGGCACCCAACCACAGUGUAAAAGUAAUCUUAGCUGUAAAGCAGACGACACUCGGUCCGCAGUUAAACCAGUGUGCAAAGAAUCAUGUCCAGAUCCGGGAAUUCCAAUAAAUGCUACAAGAAACAACAACGGCCCUUUUGUUAGUGGGAGUCACGUCGACUAUGAAUGUUCACCUGGCACACGUCUGGUCGGUUCCUUUCGAAUAACCUGUCAACCCAAAAGUACUUGGACAGAUGAGAUACCUUCGUGUGCUCGUAAGCCAGAUAUCGAAUGUGAACAUCCUCAUGUGAGGGAUCCUCGCGUCAUUCAGAUGACUGAAACGUUCUUCAGCUACGAAUAUCACAAUGACAUCCAAUACACGUGUGCUCCAGGGUACAAACUAGUCGGCAGUAGACGAAGGAAAUGUCUGAAACGAGGGUGGAGUGGAACAGAGCCGAGCUGCAAGAAACGUUCAUAAGUGAGCUUCUCAACAGCAGAGGACCGCUGGCUUAGAAAUUUUAGGAAAUGUACUAUGUUUCUAUGACUACACUUUUUGUUUUACGUAAUCCGUUGGUAUUGAAUAGUUAUCCUAGCUAUUUUUGAGGUAUUCACUGCAGUUUCUAGAAGUAAACUGUAAAUCAUUGUCAUAAAUGGCUACAUAUUAUUUGGGGCGGGCCUUGGCG